AAUAAAGAUGAAAUACAAAUGUUGCAGAAGCAAUAUGACGAAGGGAACGUCAUCGUUUGGGAAGCGUCGUAAUAAGACGCACACGUUGUGCCGCCGCUGUGGCUCUAAGGCCUACCACCUUCAGAAGUCUACCUGCGGCAAAUGUGGCUACCCAGCCAAGCGCAAGAGAAAGUAUAACUGGAGUGCCAAGGCUAAAAGACGAAAUACCACCGGGACUGGUCGAAUGAGGCACCUAAAAAUUGUAUACCGCAGGCUCAGGCAUGGAUUCCGUGAAGGAACAACACCUAAACCCAAGAGGGCAGCUGUUGCGGCAUCCAGUUCAUCUUAAGGAUUUCACCGAUUAGUCACGCAAUAAAUGUUCUGGUUUUAAAAAUAAAAAAAAAAAAUAAAAAAAAA